UUCUGGGCCCUCCCGCGUGCCGUCCUUACCCGGCCUGCCCCGCGCAACCGCUUGCGGAAGUAGACUUCGCCUCCCAGGAAGUGGAGCGUGCGGCUCUAGCCUCGCGGGUUGGCAACGGCAGCGCAGCGUGGCCGGAGCUCGAGGGGCAGGAGCGGGUCGGGCUGCCGCUAUGGCUGGGAGUCAGGACAUAUUUGACGCCAUCGUGAUGGCGGAUGAGAGGUUUCACGGGGAAGGGUAUCAGGAAGGCUAUGAAGAAGGCAGUAGCUUGGGCGUAAUUGAAGGAAGACAAUAUGGCACGCUGCAUGGAGCCAAAAUUGCAUCCGAGCAAAAAGAUGAAGGUCUUAGAAUCACUGAUUGGAAUGAUUCAGAAAUUCCCUUAUGAUGACCCUACGUAUGAUAGACUCCACGAAGACUUAGACAGAAUUAGAGGAAAAUUUAAACAGCUUUGUUCAUUACUCAAUGUUCAGCCAGACUUUAAAGUUAGUGCAGAAGGUUCUGGACUUUCAUUUUGAGGAUGACAGAUGGACAAAGA